AGAUGGAGGAGGAAGAUUUGGAGAUAGCGAUUAAAGUGUUGGUCGUGGGCAAUGGGGGAGUGGGUAAAUCGUCUCUCAUUCAGAGAUACUGCAAAGGCUCUUUCACUUCGGGAUACAAGAAGACAAUAGGAGUCGACUUCCUGGAAAAGUCACUAGAAAUAGAUGGACAGGAGGUGAAGAUGAUGUUGUGGGACACAGCUGGUCAAGAAGAGUUCGACUCAAUCACUAAGUCAUACUACAGAGGUGCCCAUUGUUGUGUGCUAGCUUUCUCCAUAGCAGACAGAGUGUCAUUCGAAGCAGUGGACAGGUGGAGAGCUAAGGUAGUUGAUCAGUGCGGAGACAAGAUUUGUAUGAUAAUAGUCCAGAAUAAAAUGGACCUUCUAGAAAAUUCUAACGGCCAAGAGGAGACGGCUGACGACGAUGCAGCAUCCAAAUUUGUGUCUCCACAAGAGGGCGAGGAGAUGGCGAAGAGACUAAAGAUGAGACUGCACAGAAUAUCAGUGAAGAACAACGAAGGAGUUGGCCCAGUGUUUGAGCACCUGUGUGCGAGGUAUCUGAGUAAUCUGAAGAAGGAGAAGAAAGACAUGCAAGAGGUGUCCUCUUCAGGAGCUGCAUCCUCCUCCUCCAACAUCGGUAUGUUCAGCACAUCUAUUAGCAAAGACACUGGCGGGCGCAAACCCUCUGGUGCAGACCACACCGAUGGAGAUGACAACGACAAUACCAGGGACAGAGGAGCUACAAUUAAUCUGAAGCCGAGCAAACAACGAACUAAAGCGAAGAAGAAAAUGUGCAAAUUUUUUUAGAUUUUCGGCCAAUUUUGUAGUAUAAUAAAGCGAUCUCAUUAUGUACGGUUGCAUCUUACCUUUCAAAACAACAGUCUCCUGGCAUGUUUUAAGGCUGAUUGAAAAAAAUUGAGACAGAUUGAUCUUUCUGACUAAAUUUCAUAAAUGGAUUUCUGGUUUUCAUUGUCAGGUUUUUUAGCCACAAAAAUCUAAAUGGCCGGUAAUUGAUUGGAGUGAACUUGAAAAGAGCAGCUUUGCUUUGUAGCGCCAUCAUCAUUCUGUAUCUGUCUUCAUGUAGUCAAAGAGCUUUGUUUUUUUGCGAAGUUUUCUCAAUGAACUUGAAAAAUAAUCUGAACAAGAAGUUGCUUAUAAUCUUCAACGAUAUGAACAAACAAUUAUUUCAUUGUGAUUGUCUAUGUUUUUCUUCUUUAUUUUUACCUAAUAAAUGAUUGGAAAGUAAUCAGUCAAUUAUUUCAGAUAAUAAUGUAAAAUAUGACAUAAUUGUGCAAUUUGAAAUUAUCUUUCAUUUUAAUUUUUUUAACUGAUGGGGCUAAUUCCAAGGAAAAAGUUCAUACUUAUCAACUCAAUUAUUGAUAGUUAAGUACAUUCAUUUUAACUAUUCAUAAUUAAUUUAUCAACCAUUUUAGAAGCUACUUGAAAUCCGAGUUCUCAGGGAAUUCUGUUCUUUUAAGUCAAGAAAUCUUACUUGUUGCUCUCGAUUGAUUCAAUCUUAUUCAAGAGAUCCCAGAUUGUUUUUAAGAAACUGCGCUGUUGAUUUAAAAUUCCUUAUUUUGGUGCUCUAUUUUAUCUAACUGUAAAAAUGUACCAUAAAAUUUUGUAUAGCUUUAAACCUAACACUGUACAAAAUAAGUUUUGAUACGUGUCUUUAAACUCUUCAGAACUUUAAUAAUGAAAUCCGAACGUUUAUUUGGUUUGGCACUUUUUUCCAAAGGGGACGAUGUUCAUGAAAAGUUCAAAAAACGUUCGGGUUUCUUGUUUGCUUUCUGCUAAGAAAGCUGUACUAGUGGCGCAGUUCGCAAUAUUCCGUGUAAAAACCCUCAUCAAUCUAUUUCUAUUAGUAUUCAUUUCUUCAUUCAUGGUUGAAUAUUUAGAUUGAAAUUUUUUCAUCUUUUAUUUAAGUAACACUUGUGUUAACAA